UUAAUUGACCUUCGCAUCAUUAUCUGCGCGUAUAAACCCUAAAUCUACCAUUUACCUAUCUCGCGCUGUUCCGUCUGUUCGACAAAAUGGCGGAUUCUCCUCGUAAAAGGAAUCCUCAGUCUCCCUCUCCAUGGAGAGAACAAUCAAGGUCUCGAUCCAGAUCUAGAUCUAGACCUAGGUCUAGGUCGAGAUCACCCUCCUGGUCGUGGCCAAGGCAUAGGUCCAGGUCUCGCAGUCGUGGCAGGUCAAGAUCAAGAAGUCGUGGCAGGGCCGAAUCUGGAAAUCCUGGAAACACACUUUAUGUGACUGGUCUAUCUCAAAGGGUCACAGAGAGGGAUCUUGAAGACCACUUCUCCAAAGAGGGGAAGGUAGCAUCAUGUUAUUUGGUCGUUGAACCUCGUACACGCAUAUCUCGUGGUUUUGCUUUUGUUACCAUGGACAAUGUUGAAGAUGCCAACCGCUGCAUAAAAUAUCUCAACCAAUCAGUUUUAGAAGGUCGAUAUAUAACUGUGGAGAGGUCACGUAGGAAGCGGCCAAGGACUCCUACACCUGGGCACUAUCUUGGACUGAAAAAUACCAGAGACUAUGGUGGACGUAGUGGUCAUGAUGCCUAUGGGUAUCGUCGAUCUCCAAGGCGCUCACCAUAUCGAGGUCGUGGUUACUCUCCAAGAUAUUCUUCUCAUGGUGGAAGAUCAAGGAGGGACCGUUCGUAUUCGCCACCUUAUUCUUGUGGUUCUAGGUGAAGAACGGUACUGUUGGAAGCAAUCUCUAAGCGGGAAAAGACGAGGGCUCUCGUCAAUGUUGAAUGCUGAUGUAUUCUCUAGUUUGGAGUUUGGACAGCUUGAGGUUGACGUUUGCAGCUUCCUCCUUUUCUCUAUUUAGGAUGUAGUUGUACUUGUAUGGUGCUAUUAAACUUGUGCGACAGUAUUAAAAGAUUAAAGGAUCCUGAACCGUUUCAGCCUUGUAUGGAAA